AUGCAAAAUGAGUCUCAGGUUUUAACAAACCAAAGGUUAAAAAGAAUAAUGGCAGAAAAUGGUAAUAACACUAACGAACGAAAUUUUAAAUCAGGCAAUAAUUCUGUAAAAAAAAGAUCAUCUAACAAUAAAUCGAGAAAAUCUGAUGUUGAACAUAUUAAUAUGUUAAAAAAUAUGUGUUCAAAUAUAUCAGAAACUUUGAGAAGUGUAGUUGACGAUAUGGAAAGAACAUAUAACAUGAAAAAAGGUCAUAUGGAACAAUUAGGCAAAAAAGAUGAAUUCACUGACCAAUGGAUUGACUUUAUAAGUCAUAUGUAUAAUACUAUAGAAUAUAAGUUAGAUUUAGAAGGUAUGCGUGCAUGUAGAAGUGAAAGAAAUGUGAAUAUCCUAACAUCCAUGCUUAAAACAGAUUUUGAAUUUUUCCAAGAUGCAUUUAGAGAUGAACCUUUAUUGACAGGGAUUAUAAUGAUGCCUAAUGAUAGCCAUAAAACUAAAAAGUAUAUACGAUCCACUGAAUUUGAGAACAAAAAAAUUGACGAUAUUUCGAAUGAGGAAGAUUAA